GGACGUAUACAUCAUGUGCAGUUCACCUAACAUCUCAUCUUUCAACCCUCUCUAGCCAUUGCCCGAUUCACUUCCUCGUUCGAUCUUUCGCUGUGUCGUGUCAUCCUUCUUUGAUCGUUGGAGCCGGUAUCUGUAGUUGCAGAUUGAAGCUAUGUACUCCUCGAACGCAUCUGAUGGCUACCCACAGAAGCCCGGUGCCUCCGCUCCGCCACCGCCGCCACCCGUGGAUGGCAUUCCGGUGCAACCCAUGAACCAAAGUUAUGCGAAUUUCGGGGCCCCGAACAAUCCUCUGCCCCCUGCGGGUCUUCAAGCUCGACCCAUUAACAACAUGCCUUGGUCCUCCGGGCUUUUCAGUUGCUUCGACGACGUUCCAACUUGUUGCUUGUCAUUUUGGUGCCCCUGCAUCACAUUCGGGCGAAUCGCGGAGAUUGCUGAUCACGGAUCGGUUUCAUGCCCUGUGCACGGAGCUGUUUACACAGUGAUCGCCUUGUUGACCGGGUGCGCCUGCUGCUACUCCUGCUUCUACCGCACCAAGAUGAGACAGCAAUACCAGCUGCAAGAGGAUCCUUGCGCCGAUUGCUUAGUCCAUUUCUGCUGCGAAUCCUGUGCUUUAACCCAGGAGUACCGCGAGCUCGAAAGGCGCGGAUUCGACAUGUCCAUUGGAUGGCAAAUGAACAUGGAAAGGCAGAACAGAGGAAUCCCAAUGGCUCCAGUCCCUCCUGGGGGCAUGAUGAGGUAGAGAUUCAAGAUCACCUCAACUUGGAUUGGAUGCUCCAGAAAUUUGAACUCUAUGUUGGAGAGUCUACACUAGUAAAAGCCCUCGAAGGAUCACUGCCCUCUGUCCUGAGGGCCUCUUUUCUUUUUUCCCUUCGAUUUUUUCUUUCAUUUGACAGUAUAAUCAAACAUGGAGCGUCCAUCGCUUUGGUACCAUGCAUAUUACCAGUACAUCAAUAUACUAAAAGCUUGCUUGACAACA